GCCGCCCCAGUGAAGAUGGCUGCCGAGUUGCACCCGCGCAGCGGAAAACUGAUCGGCCUAUCGAACUCGAACCGAACCGCUCAGCGCAACCAGCCGGUCCAAGAAUUCAACCACGGCUUGGUUCUGAGUCGAGAGCCGCUGAGAGACCGUGAUGUCUUUACAGUCCGCAUCGACAAGAAGGUGAACUCGUGGAGCGGCUCCAUCGAGAUCGGCGUGACGACGCAGGACCCGGCAGGCCUGGUGUUCCCGAGCAGCGCCACGGGGCUGAAGGGCGGCUCGUGGAUCGUGUCUGGCUGCUCAGUGCUGAAGGACGGCCGCUCGGUGCUGGAGGAGUACGGCCGCGACCUGGACCAGCUGGGCGAGGGCGACCGCGUGGGCAUCCAGCGGAGCGGGCGCGGCGAGCUGCACCUGUGGGUGAACGGGCAGGACUGCGGCGCGGCGGCCAGCGGCCUGCCCGCGCGCCUCUGGGCCGUGGUGGACCUGUACGGCAAGUGCACGCAGGUGACGGUGGUCAGCUGCGAGCCGCCGCCCCCCGCCGCCGAGGGCGAGGCGGCCGAGGAGGAGGCGGGUACCACCGUGGCCGCCCGGGACGAGGGGACGGCAGGAGCCAUCGUGGUCACGGGCGCCGGCGCUGUGAACGGGGACAUGGAGGAAGCCCCUGAGCUUCCUCGCAGUCAGAGUCGACCAGACAAGUUCCCCAGCACCUUAGAGCCUGAGCCAGUGCUGACAGAACACCAGCUGUUUGACGUGUUCAACAACGCCAUAGUGUCCCUGUACCGCUCGGAAGAGGAGGGCACGGCUGAUGCCGGGGGCGGGGCAGGAGGCGGCGCCCCCGAGGGGUCGAGGGGGGCCGCGGGGGGCGGCGGCGGAGGGGGCGAGGGAGUCGGCGGCGGCGGGGGCGGGGAAGGGGACGGGGGCGGGGGAGGGGGCAGCACCAACGGCAGCACCAACGGCAGCAGCCCGGCCGGGAGCGGAGGGGGCGUGGUCGGGCAGGGGGCGGGGUCAGGCGGAGUUACGACCAACGACGCGCUGCUGUUCCACGAGAAGUGCGGCACGCUGAUCAAGCUGAGCAACAACAACAAGACGGCAGAGCGGCGGAGACCCCUCGACGAGUUCAACAACGGGGUGGUCAUGACCAACCGGCCGCUGCGGCACAACGAGAUGUUUGAGAUCCGGAUCGACAAGCUGGUGGACAAGUGGUCGGGCUCAAUCGAGAUCGGGGUGACAACCCACAAUCCUAAUAAUCUGGACUACCCCGCAACCAUGACCAACCUACGCUCAGGAACGAUAAUGAUGAGCGGCUGUGGGAUUCUUACCAACGGGAAGGGGACCCGCAGGGAGUACUGCGAGUUCAGCCUGGACGAGCUGCAGGAGGGGGACCACAUAGGCCUGAUGCGAAAAGCCAGUGGAGCUCUGCACUUCUACAUUAAUGGAAUUGACCAAGGCGUGGCCGCUGCCCAGACUCCAGCCGUGGUGUACGGAGUGGUGGACCUGUACGGCAUGGCGGUGAAGGUGACCAUCGUGCACAACCACAACCACAGCGACCGGCUGCGGCGCAACAACGCCAUCAUGCGGGCACUGUCGCCCGACGUGGGUCGGCCCCGCCCCGCCCUCUCCCUCACGCCCGACCCCGACGCCCAGGACCGCCUGCUCUUCCACCCCAACUGUGGCCAGAAGGCGGCUAUAAUCAGCGACGGGCGGACCGCCCUGCGGCCGCACGCGACGGACGACUUCAACCACGGGGUGGUCCUGAGCAGCCGGCCGUUGCGCUCCAAUGAGGUGUUCCAGGUGCGCAUCGACAAGAUGGUGGACAAGUGGGCGGGGUCCAUUGAGAUUGGUGUCACCACGCACAACCCCGCCUACCUGCAGCUGCCCUCCACCAUGACCAACCUGCGCUCAGGCACCUGGAUGAUGACAGGAAAUGGCGUGAUGCACAACGGAACCACGAUACUGGACGAGUAUGGGCACAAUCUGGACCGGCUAAAGGCCGGGGACACGGUGGGCGUGGUGCGGAAGGAGGACGGCAGCCUGCACUUCUUUGUGAACGGUGUGGCUCAGGGCCCGGCCGCCUGGAACGUCCCGCCCAGCGUCUACGCUGUGGUGGACCUGUACGGACAGGCUGCCCAGGCCACCAUCAUGGACGACAUGGCCGACCUGCCCCCCCUUCCUGAAGACAGCUCGGAGGGUCCCACGGCGAUGUCCCCCGGCAGCCCCUGCUCCGUGGGCGGGGCCAAUGGCACUAGUGACCUGCGCUUCCACCAGCUCCACGGCACCAACGCAGUCAUCACCAACGGAGGGCGCACCGCCCUGCGGCAGAACUGCCGCAGUGAGUUUAACGACGCCAUCGUCAUCUCCAACAGGUGCCUCAGAGAUGGGGAGCUGUUUGAAAUCAUCAUUCAGAAGAUGGUGGAUCGCUGGUCAGGAUCAAUUGAGGCAGGGGUGACCGCAAUCAGGCCAGAGGAACUGGAAUUCCCCAAUACCAUGACUGACAUUGACUAUGAUACAUGGAUGCUGAGUGGCACGGCCAUCAUGCAGGACGGUAACACCAUGCGGAACAAUUACGGCUGUGACCUGGACUCCCUGACCACGGCCUCCCGCAUCGGCAUGAUGCGCUCGGCCACCGGAGACCUGCACUACUACAUCAACGGCGUGGACCAGGGCGUGGCCUGCACCGGCCUGCCACCAGAGGUGUUCGCGGUCAUCGACCUGUACGGUCAGUGCGUCCAGGUGUCCAUCACCAGCGCCUCCGGGCCGCUGGACAACAGCCUGUGCACCAGCAACAUCACGGAGAAGAGCUUCCCCAUCCACUCGCCAGUGGCCGGGGUGGCUCAUCGUCUGCACGGUAAACAUGGCAAGAACGUGGUGCUGCUGGGAGACGGCUGCCAGGCGGUGAGGGUGGGCGGGUACGCGCACGGCAUCGUCUUCAGCGCCAAGGAGCUCAAGACGGAUGAGCUCUUCGAGGUGAAGAUCGACGAGGUGGACGAGCAGUGGUCCGGCUCGCUGCACGUGGGCCUGACCACGCUGCAGCCGGCCGACCUGCCCUCCUGCCCCAUGGGCGGCCUCUCGCCCUCGCUGCCCCAGCUCAGGGCCAGGGUCACAUGGCUGCUGGCCGGCUCCGAGGUGCGGCGCAACGGCUCGCUGCAGAGGCAGAACUACGGCUGCUCGCUCGACCGGCUGGCGGUGGGGAACCGCGUCGGGGUGAAGCGGUGCAGUGAUGACACCAUGCACAUCCUCAUUGAUGGAGAGGACAUGGGACCCGCUGCCACUGCGGUGGCCAAGAACGUGUACGCGGUGCUGGACCUGUACGGCAGGGUGACGGCCGUGUCCAUCGUCAGCUCCACGGUGCUGGAGGACUCGGAGAGCGUCAAGGCCCCAUCGCUCUCUUCCGACAGCUGCAGCGAGGGCGAGGACGACAGCACUCCGUGUGAGAACGAGGCUGCCUUGGUUCCUGCAGCCAUGGCCUUCUUGGAGAAUCAUGGGAAGAAUAUCCAGCUGUCCAAUCAGAAUCUGACAGCUGCCCGGGUGUCCAGCUACAACCAGGGCCUGCUGGUCACAGCACAGCCCCUCGCCCGACAGCAGCUUUUCCAGUUUCAGAUUGACCGCUUGAACCCAUCCUGGACGUCCUCCCUGUCGCUGGGUGUGAUUGGCCACUCCCCCGACCGCCUCAACUUCCCCUCCACAGCCUGCUGUCUGAAGCGCUCCGCCUGGCUGCUACAGCGAGACUCGGUCUUCCACAACUCCCUCAAGAUCUGUGAGAACUACGGGCCCAACCUGGACACCUGCCCCGAGGGGACGGUCCUGGGCCUGCUGGUGGACGGGAACAACUGCCUGCACCUCUACGUCAACGGGAUGGACCAGGGCGUGGCAGCCCAGGACAUCCCCAGCCCCUGCUACCCCCUCAUCGACCUGUACGGCCAGUGCGAGCAGGUUACCAUAGUGACCAACGAUGUGCCAGCGGUGGGAAGGGAGAGCGGAGAGUCGCGUUGCCAGGGUGACAUGGAGAAGGCUGACAUGGUUGAUGGGAUCAAAGAGAGUGUGUGUUGGACGCCCCCUCCAGAAGUCAACCCAAAUAAGACCUGCGAGUACCAAGCGCUCUGUGCCCGCUUUAAAGACCUGCUGACUCUGCCUGAUGGCUACUUUAAUGAGGACGCCAAGUACAACCUGUGCUACUGUGAGUCCUGCCACAAGCUGCGCGGCGAUGAGGCAUACUACAAGCGCGGGGAGCCUCCCCGGGACUACGCCCUGCCCUUCGGCUGGUGUCGCUUCGCCCUCAGGAUAAAGCCGCACUGCGAGGUGUCCAACGCGCUGAAGAAGUGGCACAUCGCCUACCACGGCACCUCUGUGGGCAACCUGAGGCGCACCCUGGACCACAGCCAGCUGCUGUCAGGGACGUCGUCCAUCUUCUCGGUGUCGCAGGUGAAGGCAGAGGGCCAGAACGGCUACAGCGGGCCGGAGGAGAACAGCGCCCCCGACAGAGACAUCCCCAGAGUGCAGCUCUCUCCCACCAUGCGCUACUCCGGCCUGGAGACCUUCGCCCCCAAAGUGCAAUUCCGGGACCCUCGCUCGCACCGCUACCACCAGGCGCAGGUGGGCUUCCAGGUGUGCGUCCGGCCGGGCUCCUACAAGGCCGGCCCGCAGAGCUUGGGGCUGAGCGAGUCCCUGGACCCCCGCUUCAGCAACGCUGAGAUCGAGUGGAUCACCAAGGAGAAGGGAGGCACCCUGCUGUACGGCCUGCUCAUCCGAGUGGAGUGAAGGACGGGAUGGUGGGGGGGGGGUGCAGGGGGUCCCCAAGGCCUCCUGCUCUGACACCAACCAAAAUUCCAAAAU